CCUGAAGAUAAAGAAGAGUUAUUAGUUGAAUAUGCUAGUCAUAUAAGAAUUGCUAAACUCGAACACAAAUAUUACAAUGAUAACAUUAAAAAAGCAAAAGAAAAUGCUUCCCAUACUAUUAAUAUUCAUUCACCACUUGCUAGUAAAGAAAGACCUGCCCCAAAUACUGUUGAUGCUAUUGCUUAUUUUUGUUAUAAUUGGGCGCAGAAUGUUCCAGUACCAUAUUCUCCACAACAAAUUGGUCCUUUGUACUUUAAGAAUGAAGAGGAGUUUCCUGUAGGAGUAGCAAAGGGUGCAAAUACAACUCUAAAUUUGAUUUAUGACACACUUAUUGAAUGUAACAGAGAUAAGAAGAACAUCAAAAUUAUUUGUGAUAACUGUGAAGGGCAAAACAAGAAUAAUGCUACUAUUGCUUUCUACUGUUGGUUAGUACUAAUUAGUAUGUUUGACACUAUUGAACUUAAUUUCAUGAUACCUGGGCACACAAAAUUUAUUUGUGAUAAAUAUUUUGGACUUUUGAAAGCUUAUUACAAAAAGUCAGUGAUAAAUACUGUUGAUAACAUUGCCGAA